AUGAUGAAAAACAAAGAGCAAACUCUCAUUUUUCCUUCUCACACCCCCUUCUCAGAAGACCACACCCUCCCCCUCUCCCACCUCGACACCGAUCGCAACCUCCACCUAACCAUCCGCUACCUCCGCGCUUACACUGCCACAACCACCAUCCACCACCACAACAACCCGUUCCACGUCAUCUCUUCCUCCCUCUCACAAACACUCCCUCAUUACUACCCACUCGCCGGCACACUCCGCCACCGCAAACACCCUGACAACCGCCUUGAACUAUUCUGUACCGCCAAUCAAGGCAUCCCUCUAAUCCACACCACCGUAGACUUCACUCUCGACUCCGUAAACUACCUCGAUGACCCUGCUUCGCCUUUCGUCGAACAGUUGGUGCCCGACCCAGAACCCGAAGAGGGAAUGGAGCAUCCAUGUAUGCUUCAGCUAACGGUUUUCAAGUGCGGUGGGUUCACUCUCGGUGCGGCGAUUAAUCACUCGCUAUGCGACGGAAUGGGUGGGACUCUGUUUUUUAACUCGGUGGCUGAGUUGGCUCGUGGGGCGACUCGGAUAACAGUGGAGCCUAUAUGGGAUCGAGAGAAGUUGUUGGGUCCAAGGGAUCCUCCCCGAGUGGAUUCGCCGUUGAUUAAAGAGUUUCUGAGUUUGGACAAAGAAUUUUUGCCAUAUAAAGAGAAUGUUGGUCCUGUUGUGAGAGACUGUUUUCAUGUGAGGGAUAAGUGCUUAGAGAAUUUCAAAAGAUUGUUGUUUGAUCAAUCUGGAUUCAACUUCACCACUUUUGAAGCUCUAGGUGCCUACAUUUGGAGAUCCAAGGUAAGGGCUUCACGAGUGGAGGAUAAUGAGAAGGUUAAAUUUGCAUACUCAAUUAAUAUUCGAAGAUUAGUAAAGCCAUCACUACCUAUUGGAUAUUGGGGAAAUGGUUGUGUUCCAAUGUAUGUUCAAAUGAGUGCCAAAGAUUUGGUAGAGAGACCUAUUUGGGAAACAGCAGAGCUGAUAAGAAAGAGUAAAAGCAAUGUUAGUGAUGAGUAUGUUCGUUCCUUCAUUGAUUAUCAAGAGCUGCAUUUCGGCGAUGGGAUCACAGCAGGGAAAUGGGUGAGUGGGUUCACUGAUUGGAGACAUUUGGGUCAUUCUACCGUGGAUUUUGGAUGGGGUGGCCCUGUUACUGUUUUGCCACUUGGAAGAAACUUGCUUGGGAGUGUUGAACCUUGUUUCUUCUUGCCUUAUUCGACUGCGAGUGCUGAGAAAAAGGAUGGGUUUAAGGUUUUGGUGACUUUGAACGAGGCAGCUUUGCCUGCUUUUAGGGAAGACAUGCAAAUGUUUGCUGGUGGCCAAGAGACCGCACUCUUGCCGCGCAUUUGA